AUGGCCUCUCACUCAGGCCCCACCACGUCUGUGCUGUUCCUGCUCUGCUGCCUGGGAAGCUGGCUGGCUUGCCACAUGCUGCCCGUCCGUUUGCUACAACCAAGUGAAGUACAGAAGGUAGUUGAGGAACUGCAGUUCCUGUCGAAGAUACUUUUGAAAGACGCGGAGGAAGAGAAGGGGGUGCCCGUGUCCCAGAACUACACGCUGCCGUGUUUCGGCCCCAACGCCCAGCCGCCAAACAACAUCCACAGCUUAGCCAUCCGGGCCUAUCUCAAGGUGAUCAGUCAGGUAGACAGCAAACCUGUUAUUGACGAAAUCAUAGAGCAACUUGACAAACUCAUAUUUCAAGAUGCAUCAGAAACAAACAUUUCUAUGCCAACAGGCACCUUUGAACGUAAACGCUUCAUCCUGACUAUUUUUCAGCAGUUUUCAGAAUGCAUGGACCUCGCAUUAAAAUCAUUGACCUCUGGAGCCCAGCAGGCCACCACCUAA